AUGAAUCUGCAGCAGACUAACAAGUUCUACAGUCCUCAUAGCGCUACAAAUGCAAACAGUAAAUAUGAUUACUUACAACAGCUUGCUCACAAUAUAACAUUUUCUUUCUUGACAGACAAUCAAAGGCUUCAAAAGCUGAGGUGUGUCUUUUGUAACACGGACAAACCUUUAGAUGCUUUUUCUCAAACUCAAAUUUCUAAAGCCACUUUUAAUCCUUAUGCUCCUCCUUCUUAUAACAAGAAACCCAAGCAAGUCACUUGCAAGUCAUGUACCUCUAGACAAAACACUCACCUUACUUGUAUGAUUUGCAAUAAGAGACAACCUUUGGACAAAUUCGCAAAGUCUCAGAGAAGAAAUGCUGAAAAGGCUAGAUGCAGAAAAUGUAUAGAGAAGCGUGAAAAGGAGGACGUUUGGGCAUCUGAGCCUGAUACGGAUAGUGAUGAUGAAUAUGACUUUUAG